AUGAAGAGGAAAGUUCUCUUUUUGGCGCUGGCGAUUCUCCUCGAUCUCGCCCUCUGCCAGAAUGCCGAUGACAGCGAUGAUAACCUGAAUCUCGAUCCAGUUGGGGAAAACACUGUUAGCAGUAGGAGCGACAACGCCCUGAAUAAUAAAGGCACCGAAUGCGUGAUGGGGUCCGGACAAGGAGGAGUGUGUGUGAAGUACUAUCUCUGCGAUCAGGAUUCAAAGACGGUCAUAGAGGAUGGCUACUCCAUCAUUGACAUCAGGGCGGGCACCGAUUGUCCCGUCUUCCUGGACGUGUGCUGCGUGCUCGGCCAAGUGCUCAGCACACCGGAGCCGGUGCGUCGCAUCGAGGAGGAAAAUACCAGCGCGGUGCAGACCACGCCGCCGCCCCCCCGCCGGACCCCUGGCUCCGUGGGCCCCUCUGGCUCCGGGACAGGUGGGUCCGUGGGCCCCUCUGGCUCCGGGACAGGUGGGUCCGUGGGCCCCUCUGGCUCCGGGACAGCUGCGUCUGUGGGCCCCUCUGGCUCGGGAUCACGUGGGUCCGUGGGCAAAUGCGGCUACAGCAACCCAGGGGCCAACGUGUUCAACGUACGCGAAGGGGCCUCCCCUAGCGAUAGGGUCUACGCGGACUUCGGCGAGUUCCCCUGGAUGGUCGCGUUGCUCAAACGCUCAGACAGCGAAGAUUCGAAGCACGGGAGAUCUACAUUGGGGGAGGCUCGC